CCGAAUACUGGCGACGGAGCUUAUUGUCGCCAUAAUAGAGCACGAUGUGCUUCUGUUCAACAAGAACGAGACCGAGAUCGACACCACUUUGAUCUCCAUCCUUAUCGAAGUCCUUUUGCAGGAUCCCAACGUUGGACUGAAAACGCAAGCAUUCGAGGCCAUCAAAGUUCUGCUGGACCCUGCAAACAUCGCGCAAUCGACCCUGCCCUUUAAUUCGACUCUCGGAAAUGCAGACAGCAACGUCGACACGAGCCUGGUUGAAUCGGGCUAUCUCCAAAGUUUUUAUAAGGGAGCUGCAGAGAAACUGUUUUCGCCACUUAAAAAGAGCAUCUCCAGCCCGUCAAGCAAGUCCACCACCAUCACAUACUCCAACCUGUGUGAGCUGCUCAACUUCGUGGCAAGAGAGCACGACAGAACCUUGAGCAAAACGUUUAUUUUGGAGCACCAUUUGCUUCGAGGAAUAGGCAAUCUCCACCACAAACGCUACUCGUUGCAACUACGGCUCAGUGCCCUGCGUUGCAUCAAAUCGAUCAUCAUGCUGGACGACGAGGACUAUGUUCGCUACCUUAUUGAGAACGACGUGCUCCAUGAGUUUAUGAACCUGCUGCGGGAGACAGCUCGGCAGAAUAAUCUGGUUAAUUCUGCUUGUCUUAGUGUUCUGCAUCUGGUGCUACAGAACAAAGCUCUUAUGAACUUCAAGGCGUUGCGCAACUACUUGGUGGCUAAGUAUUUAGACACAUUGAGUCUCGACCCUAUUGGACUGGAAUUGAUUGCAUCCGGCCAAGACGCACGAGAAGAGUCUCUGCAGGCCGAGAUUACAGAGGUGAGUCCCACGUCCCCAGAUAUUCCCGAUGAUGUGGAACAAGAAAACUCUCCGCUGACGUCGAAAAACGCUCGACGGAUCGAAGAUGACCUUGCGACGCCAGAAAAGAAGAAAAAGCUGAAUAACAUCAUUCUUAAGGCAGGAAAAACUUUUCGAAUCAAUAAUUACACCGAAGAGGAGGAAGCUAGCGAGACGUGAGAAAAAAAAUUGUGGGGAAUAAAUGCAUGUGAAAUAACCACCUUCCCAAACUAUCAUGAGUUCCUCUCCCUUCCUGAGUGUAUGGCAGCCAGACCUACUCAAAGACAAAGUUGCCUUUGUCACUGGCGGCUCGGGCACUAUCUGCAAACGUCAGGCCGAAGCGCUUGUCACGUUGGGCUGUUCGGUAGCAAUAAUCGGCAGAAACACAGAGAAGGCGACGGCUGUUGCCUCGGAACUGAACCAAGUACGAGGAGACAUCCGGGCAAUAGGCAUCGGAGACUGCGACGUGCGCAAGCUGGACGAUGUGGUUCGUGCCGUCAAAAAGACAGUGGACGAGCUGGGUCGGAUUGACUUUGUCAUCUGUGGCGCGGCUGGGAACUUCAUUGCCGACUUCAACUCUCUAAGUGCCAAUGCGUUCAAGACUGUCGUGGAUAUCGAUUUGCUGGGCUCGUUCAACACAGUGAAAGCGUGCUACAACGAGCUAAAGAAGAACAAGGGCGCGGUUCUUUUCGUGUCUGCAACCUUCCACUACUACGGGGUGCCUUUCCAGGCACAUGUAGGGGCUGCCAAGGCAGGGGUUGAUGCUCUGUCCAACGCUCUGGCUGUUGAACUAGGACCGAUCGGUGUUCGUGUGAAUGCUAUUGCUCCUGGCGCAAUUGGCAACACGGAGGGGUACAGAAAGCUUUCUUCGGGAUCUCCGAUGCAAAAGAAGAUCCCGCUACAGAAGCUGGGCUCUACAGACGACAUUGCGCAGGCUACCAUCUUCCUAUUCAGCAACGCUGCGCAGUACAUCACCGGCACUGUGCAGAUAGUCGACGGGGGAUUCUGGCACAUGGGGCCCCUUGUGACCACCGAGUUGUAUCCCGAACAACUACUGAAACGGCUUGCUCGCGAGCCCAAAUUGUGAGAAACGUGAUCAUGUAGUUUUUUUAAUGAAUCAUGACCGUGACUAUUUUC